AUGAGCGCCGGCGACGCCGUGUGCACGGGCUGGCUCGUCAAGUCGCCCCCCGAGAGGAAGCUGCAGCGCUACGCCUGGCGCAGGCGCUGGUUCGUGCUGCGGCAGGGCCGCCUAAGUGGCGACCGCGACGUCCUGGAGUACUACCGCAGCCAACGCGCUCGCAAGCCCAUCCGCACCAUCGACCUCAGCGAGUGCGCCGUCUGGAAGCACGCGGGCCCGGGCUUCGUUCGUAAGGAAUUCCAGAACCAUUUCGUGUUCAUUGUCAAGACUGCAGCUCGCACGUUCUAUCUGGUGGCCAAGACGGAGGAAGAAAUGCAGGUGUGGGUGCACAGCAUCAGUCAGGUCUGCAACCUCGGCCACCUGGAUGACAGCGCAGAUUGUGUGGAGAGUGGCUCUCACGCGCCUUGCUGCGUGCAGCCCUCUGCCUCCAGCUCCCUUUGCACCGCCCCUGCUGUCAGCUCCCUGCCAAGAGAUGACCCAAGCACUAGUACUGUAGCCACUGAGGAAACCGGAAGUGAGUCAGAGCUUCUCUUCCUUCCUGAUUAUCUGAUUCUAUCCAACUGCGAGACGGGAAGACUGCACCACGCCAGUGUCCCCACCAGAUGUGACAGCUGGUCAAACUCGGAGCGCUCACUGGAACAGGUGUCCUUCGACGAUGUUUUUGUGGACGGCCCGCAGACACUGCCCUCCGGGAACCUGGCCUGCCCCUCACGCCCUGGGAACAGUCCUCAAGAGGCCCCUUCCACAAGGCCCCCGGCUGCCCUGAUCUGCACGAGACAUGUCAAUGGACCGUCCAGGGACCACUUUUCUUUACCAGUGCUGGAAACGUCCUUAAACUCCACCGUCCAGGUAGAUCAAAACCAAGCUUCCUUGCCCUGUGGGGUAAAAGAACUAGAUGUUAUGUCCAACACGCCACCUCCCCGCCCCCCUAAGCCAAGCCAUCUCUCUGAACGGCGCCACGAGGAGCAGCUCCUGUGCGGUGGGCGCAGUAGCAUCAAGAAGCCAGAAGGCACUGUGGUACCGAGAAGAAUCUCUCUCUCUGGUUUAGAUAACAUGAGAACCUGGAAAGGUGAUGUAGAAGGCCAAUCUUUAAGACACCGAGAUAAGCGGCUAAGUUUAAAUUUGCCGUGCAGGUUCUUCCCGAUGUCCCCUCCAGCUUCCGCCAGCACUGAGGACAGCUACGUGCCCAUGAGCCCCCAGCCCGCCGCCUCUGCUCUCGGACCCCACUGCAGCCCUGACGACUACAUCCCAAUGAGCUCAGGAAACAUCUCCAGCCCAUUGCCCAAGCUCCCGGUGGACCUGGAGCCUCCCCCCGUGAAUAGAGAUCUCAAGCCUCAGAGGAAACCACGGUCACCUCCCCUGGACCUGAAAAGCCUCUCCACCAUCCGGGAACACACGUCUCUCACCAGGACCCGCACUGUGCCUUGCAAUCGAACCAGCGUUCUCUCUCCAGAAAGAAAUGGUAUUAAUCCUGCAAGGUUGUUUGCCAAUUCUGUUUCCAGAGAAGAGGAGCAAAGCGACGUGCAAAUGGAGGAGCACGGAGAAGCCAACUUGCUGAGCAGUGGAGCUCUGGCGUGGACAAGGAAAUUCAGCCUGGACUAUUUAGCCCUGGACUUCAACUCAGCGCCACCAGCCCCUGUGCAGCAGAAACUUCUCUUUUCAGAGGAGCAAAGAGUAGACUACGUCCAAGUGGAUGAGCAGAAGACGCAAGCUCUCCAGAGCACCAAGCAGGAGUGGACGGACGAGAGGCAAUCCAAGGUGUAA